UGGGGGGGUGCUCCAAAGGCUCCAUCUUUCUGCGUUCUUUGCAGCAGAAUCGCCAUUGCAAGGGCAACUUGGCGCUGCUGAUGCCUGUAGAGCUCGUACUUUUAGUGCCUCCAAACGGGCUCAUUCGUAUGUCGCUCUGCCGCAGCCCCCCAAACAAGCGCUGUUCCCUCUUUCGCUUCUCAACCACCCCGUUGCUUCGCCUCUCUUUCUUGCCUUGUUCGAGCGACAAUCAGCACCUGGAAGAGAGAGAGAAAAAAAAAAAACCAUCGACCGACGAACAGGAACCAGUUUUUUCUCAUCCGUUCGUUUCUUAUCUUGACUGUCGCCAGGGCCGAUUAUGUCUUUCUAUUCGUCUACGAUCUAGCAUCUUGUUACCACUCACUCUCGUUUCCUCUUUGUGGUUUCUUUUUCGUUCUAUUUUUUUAUUCUCUUUUUUGGUUUUGUUUUGUUUGAGCUAGACUCAGUCCACUCCUUUCUCUCAAUUUCCGCCUGUCCUUCGAUCUCUACACGACGAGACAAGCGCUCUAUUUUGCCGAAAAAAACCGAAUCUAUCUACUCAUCGCGUUCAAGAGAAAAUAAGAGAAGACGAAUCAUACGACAUUCAAGAGCCAGAACGUCAGCGUCCCAAAGUGUCGGUGUUGUCCAUCAGCCGUCAU